CGCAGGACGUCUCGGUUAUAGACAGUAUUUUAAAAAUUCUCAGUUCUUAGACAACGUUUGCAAAAUGGAUAAGAUAUUAUUGGUAACGAUGUUAGCACUUUUAACUUCAACAGCGGCAGAACCACUGUUAUAUAGCUCCAGUAUCUUUGCAUCUCCUUUCACUUCUGCGGCCUUAGUAGCACCACAAGUAGCACAGGUUGCCCCAGUUGCCCCAGUGGCUCCAGUUGCUCCAGUUGCUCCAGUUGCCCCAGUUGCGGCUGUGGCUCAAGCUGUUCCUGCAUCAUACGCCGCAGUCCCGUACGCAUCGGUAUCAGAUUACAGAUAUUCGUAUGGUUCAUCUUUAAAUCUACAAGACUAUUUAAGUGUACCUUUGCCGUAUAAUCUUCCUUACACCUUGACUGAUCUGUACUAUCGUUGAAAGAUUUAUUUUGUUAAAUUAUGGCAAAUUACCUAUUAAAAUAUGUUACUUGGCUAUGUUAUUCUUAUGUCUAACGUUUUAGAAACGUAACUGUUGUUUUAUUAAAUUAAAUUUAUUGUUCAUUAAAAAGGUUAUAUUGGUUUUA